AUGAUUUCAGCCAUUUCCAGUCCGUGGCUGACGCAGCUGUCCCAUUUUUGCGACGUUGCCGCCUUCACCAGCAGCAGCCUGAGCAGCCUGAACACGCCGGCGGGCUACCACCUGUCCCCGUCCCCCGGGGAUCCUUACACCCAGCAUGAGGCGCACUUCGAGCCCUGCCCGGCCGCGCAGCCCGGCUACAGCUACCCGCACCCGCAGCAGCCGCCGCUGGCUCCGAGCGACCCGGCCGGGACUCCGUGCUCCUCCUCGUCCUCGUCCAGCUCCACGCCCACGGGCAAGAACUUGGUGAAGAAGAACCCCAAAGUGGCCAACAUUAACGUCCAGCUGGAGAUGAAGGCUCUGUGGGACGAAUUUAACCAGCUGGGCACGGAGAUGAUCGUCACCAAGGCGGGAAGGAGAAUGUUUCCAACUUUCCAAGUGAAAAUAUUUGGGAUGGAUCCCAUGGCGGACUACAUGCUGCUCAUGGUCUUGCCGGUGGACGACAAACGUUACAGGUAUGCAUUCCACAGUUCUUCCUGGCUGGUGGCGGGUAAGGCUGACCCGGCCACGCCGGGGAGGGUGCACUACCACCCGGACUCCCCAGCCAAGGGCGCCCAGUGGAUGAAGCAAAUUGUUUCUUUUGAUAAACUCAAACUCACCAACAACCUCCUGGACGACAACGGACAUAUCAUUCUGAACUCCAUGCACCGCUACCAGCCCAGGUUCCACGUGGUGUACGUGGACCCACGCAAGGACAGCGAGAAAUACGCGGAAGAAAAUUACAAGACUUUUGUUUUUGAGGAAACUCGCUUCACUGCGGUGACCGCUUACCAGAACCACAGGAUCACACAGCUGAAGAUCGCCAGUAAUCCUUUCGCCAAAGGCUUCCGGGACUGCGACCCGGAGGACUGGCCCAGGAAUCACAGGCCGGGCUCGCUGCCAAUAAUGAGCGCGUUUGCCAGGACAAGAAACCCCAUGUCAUCGCCGCCUCAGCACAACGGAGCAGAGAAAGACGACAACAGGCGGGACUACGAGAGAGACCCCAGCGGAACGCCGAUCCACGCCGACCCGGCCCACCAGCUCAUGUCCCGGGUCCUCAGCCCCGCCCUCCCGGUCCCGGGAGGCCUCCACACCGUCCCCCUCUCCGCCGGUCGCCCCAGCCCUCCCCACGACCUCCGGUCAGACCCUCACAGUCUAGCCCCGGACACCUUGCACCACCAUCCCUACAAGUACCCCACCAGCUACGAACACUACUUAGGGGCCAAGACCCGGCCGUCCCCUUACCCUUUACCCGGCAUCAGAGGACACACGUACCACCACCACAUGAACCCCGCCACGGCGAACAUGUACUCGGCCACCAGCGGGCCCUCAAACUACGACUACGGCCCCAGAUAGCGACUGCAAAGGGGUGCGGUGUGUAGUGGAAACCCGGGACUUUUGGAGGGUGCAGUGCAACCUGCGUGGUGCGUUCAAAGACUCCCCCCUGCUGUAUUUAUUUAAGCCACCUCUGCAGGCCCGCCUCCGGCAACUGAGCCCGCAGAACGAGGAGGAGAACACGUUUGAUCACAGACUGGAAGUGAUUUUUUUUUUUUUUUGGUGUGUGUGUGUGUGUUGAAUGCACUUUUGGAUUUUUUUUCCCCUUGUUUCUAAAGCUUUCUAAAAAAAAAAGAAAAAGAAAAGCCAUAUGUUAUAUAGUUCCUCCACCGUGUAGGUGGACAAGAUGUUUGCAUGCCGGAGAAAGGGUUGGCGAAACACAUCCGAUGUGUUCUGGUCGGAGGAGAGAAGCGAAGGUGGACAUCGCCACGGCACUGACUCGCAGGAACUCGAACGUAAACCAAAAAGAAGCAGAAUGACUUGUUCUGUGUCUGUAAAAAUAAACGUCACGUUCUUGCAAUGCAGCAAAAUUACACGUAUUUGUUGCGUCACACAGUCCAUAAGCAACACUAUGUAAACAUGGAUUAUAGUAGGUGGGUCGAGUAGCCAGAAAUUGUACUCAAGUAAGAGUACUGUUACUUUAAAUCAGGGGUCAAAGCAAGAGCUACUUCUUGGGUACUGAUUA